UCUGUUCAUAAUUGACAAUUUCAGUUAAAAAGAAGUAUACGAGUGAAGAGUGAAUUAUAAUUGACCGUUUAUCUAAAAAGUAAAUUGAUAUAAGACCUGCAUUGGGUGCUCGGUAAACAAUAAUGUUUGCUUAUUAAUGGAAGGGGUUUACACUUAUGUUGACAGGACAUCUUCUAUCUAUUGAUAUUAUUAUACGAAUAACGCAAGAUAUGACGAACGAACAAACACUUGAUUCAUACAUGAUUUCUAUCAAAUCGAGCAAAAACUGAUUCUUUUAAAGGUGUGUGAAUCUUUUCGAGUAUUCUAUAGUGUUGUGUUUUUUAUUUCUUUCUCUACAGAAACCAGCGUUUCUAAGACAUAUUGAAAAAAGAUAAAAAUAUAAAUAAAUAAGGAAACAUAUCAGUGGAUUUUUAUAUGAUUUAUCAAGCGACUUUGGAGUAGAUAAGCAUUUAUUGUAUAGUUCAGACGUGUACAUCAAAUGCUGAAAAAGACGGUGACACCUGGUGGAAUGUGGGUUUCGGAGGAUGGGGAGAUAAAACUGGCUAAUAUCGAUCGUAUGCCGAUACACCAUAAGGCUAUUGAAAAAAAGAAAGUUCAGCGUAAAAUAAAGACGCCGAAAGAAGGGAGGCCACUCAUACGGAGUAAAACAUAUAUAAAAAUGAAGCGGGAUGGAUCGAAAGCAGAGUUACAGAACUUACCUGUACGACCGACAACGCCCAAGUAUUUAAAAGAUAAUUUUGACUAUGACAAAAGUAGUAGCAGUGAAGAAAAUGCUAGUGAUGACGACAAAGACAAAAAGCCUAAGAAACCUUUGGACAUAAGCCAGCGAGUUUACCUCGCCGCAUGCGAGCGUGGUGGAAUACCUCCCCGCCGUCGAGUGUUAAAAGGGCUUAUUGAAGAAUCUCUGGAUAUUUGCAAUCUGACUCUGGUGUGUGAGGAUAUCAGAGCUUUAUCGUUAGCUCUAACGACAAACAUGUGCGUGUGUUCAGUCAAUUUAAGUGGCAAUAACAUAGGACGUGAUGGUGUAGAGUGUUUAGUUCAAGCCUUAGACGAAAAUACUACUAUAUCCGAAGUGAAUUUGUCAAACACAAGUAUCGGGCUUUAUGAGAUUUCAUUACUAACAGAACUGUUGUCAGAAAAUCUGCGUAUAACAUCUUUUGAAGCAGCAGGAAAUAAUCUCGAUGAUGAUUGUGCCAAAUGUUUUGCAGAGGCUUUAAAGUUUAACAGAAAAUUAAAGAAACUAAAUCUUAGCCACAACAGCUUUCAAGAGUGCGGUGGUCAAGUUCUUGCCAAAAUUUUAGAGACUAACGACUCUAUCUUAGACCUAGAUAUGAGCUGGAACCAUAUACGCUUGAUUGGUGCCGUUGCUUGGGGCGACACCAUAUAUAAAAAUGAAGAACUACGUCACCUGAACUUGUCAUGGAAUGGUUUUGGAGACGAUGGUGCAGCAGCUCUAGGUGAAGCUUUAGAAGAGAACAAAUCACUACACUCUCUUGAUCUUUCUAAUAAUAGAAUCGGCUUCGAAGGUUGUAAAGCAUUUGCUAAGGCGUUGAAUGUUAAUACGUCAUUACAAUCACUUGCUCUCAGUCAAAAUCCAAUAACAACGCAAGGAGCAACGGGUUUGUUGGUGGCUAUAAAUGAAAACGAGGAAUCAAAACUGAAUCAUCUUACUUUAGAGGGUAUCCAAGUAACACGCGAUACUGACGACAUUACUGAAGAGAUACGAGGACAUAUUGAAGACUUUGAAUUACGUCACGGUGGUUACGUCAUAUCUCCGGACACGCUGGCGUUUAAACCCGUAGUUAAGCCAGAAAAGAAAUGCAAAAGCAGUAAAUCUUAACAUAUCACGAAUAUAUCGAUAGUUUAUUUGGGAAAUAAUUGAGCUUGAAUGAUUGUAAUCAUUCUAAUUGACAUGAAAGUGUAACGGAAAAAGUCAUUCAUUUUUUGCAAAAAAAAAUCGACAUGAAACAUUUUAAGUUUGUACAGGACUCGGUCAAUAUAAUUAUUUUGACUGUAAUGUAUGUUAUUACAGCCAAAUCCCGUCUGCAUGUGCUUAACAUUUGAUUUUGAUACGAGCUGGCAUUAUCAUGAUAUUGCAGCAUCUGAUUUAUGGUAGACAGCUUUUGUUUUAUGUAAAAUCAACAGUAUCAUGAUGGUCAAGGUCAGUGAUCUCAGUGACAUGCCAUUCGCCGUUUGAAGUUCGAAUUAGGGACUUUGGAUUAUUACUAGUAUUUCAAUAAGUUUGGUGGCGGCUCUACUCGGAUGCCUGCUCGUGCCUGAAUACAUCUAAAAGAUCUUCCUCCAGCAGUGACGCUUGAAAUUCAUUGUAUCACCUUUGCAGUGUCAGAAUGACAUCGAUGAAUAAGAUAAUCGUCCGCCGUAGUGAUUUUUCUCAUACUGGUUAACCAUUGAUACGGUCAGAUGUGACAGUUAUCAAUCUUUGCUUUUGAACGUUUCUGACAGUUUUAGACUUAAAGAUUUUAAGAGUUACGCAUAGGUUCUUGUCGUUAUACACAUACAUUUAAAUAAAAUAACUGUAGAACCAUUUCAA